CCACUCUUAUAGAAAAACCCCUCCAAAUUCUGCGAACUGACAAACACUAGCCCUCUCUCCCUCCAGAGAGGAGAGGAGAGGAGCACGAGAGGUGGGAGAGAGCUCGGCGGAGGAAGCCCAGGAGCUCACGACACCCCAGGCGGCGUCUCUUGCUUCCGGUCUCGUCGAAUUCCUGAUUCCCGAACCCCGGUGCCCGCCGCAGCGCCGGAGAAUAAGCGUCAAGGCUGAUUUUACUUGUACGUGGUCCGUAGGUACGGUCCGAAGCUGUAGCCUGGCUUGCUUGGAUUGUUUGAGGGUAUGAGAGACAAAAACAGCAGCUAGAAGAUAGCUUGGAUUAAGCUCAGUCGUUCAGAAAAGAAUGGGUGGCUGCUGUUGUUUUUCAUCAGGAAGAUCUGAAGCAGAUAGAGCACCGGUUCAUAUCUAUCAUCAGCAAAAUCUUGAGGAGCAUGAACCGUUGUCUUCUGCCUUUGAUGGGUCAUCUCCGGCUUCUGCUAUAGUCGCAGUUGACACAAAUCUGGAUACGUCCACUCCUGACACUUAUAGAGCACCACCUGCACCAUUGCCUUAUGAUGUUAGCCUGCCAGUUACAGAAAACCCAGAUUCAUGUGCAGAUUUGGAAAAGUCAGACAUCAAGAGCAAAACUGAUGAUCAGCAGGAAUCUUUGAAGGUGGAUGAGUAUGAAUCAUGUGAAAAAGGUGUCUCUGAAGAUAAAGCUGAAGAGGAGGAUGUUUGCCCAAUCUGCCUUGAAGAAUAUGACGAAGAAAAUCCCCGCUCUAUUACUAAAUGUGAGCAUCAUUUCCAUCUUUGUUGCAUUCUUGAGUGGAUGGAGCGAAGUGAGACUUGCCCAGUUUGUGACCAGGUAACUUUGAUAGAUGAGAUGUAUGAAUAGCAUUGUUGACCCUGGCGGAUCCUCUCCUGGAGCUCGUACCUGUGGAGUUGGUUUAGUGCUAGUCUUUUUUGAUGGAGGAAGUAAAAUAGCAUCAGCAUCUCUGGUCUGGCGAAGGUGCAAUUGGAAUGAAUUUUCGGAGAACAAAUUGGAAAUAAUUAAAAGAAGGAAACAACAUGGAAUGUGUUAAAAAAUCAUCUCUGUUUUGUAGCUUUUGUGUCAAGCUGUGGUUGUUUAUGGCAAGAGGAGGAUUAGCGAAGUGCUUCUGCAGCAUGCAUAUCAUAUCAUAGUUGAAACCCUGAAACUAGCUCACUUCUUUCUUUCUUUCUUUCUUUCUUUCUUUUUUGCUUCUGAAUUUGGGCCGCAUUUCUGAUUCAGUUAGUGUCUGUAUAAACCAUCACAUUAGAUAGGCGACAGCGGGAAAAACCUGGUUCUGAAUUAUGUUUUAUUUGUACAUAUAUUCUAUUCUCCCCCCUUUUGACUGCUAGAGUUCACAAGGAAAUCAUCUUCUGUUCCAGAAA